CUUCCAGCAAUGUUUUACGACAUUAAAAAUACUCUGCUUUGAGUUUUAAUUUGUGUCUUUAUGUAGUUUCCCCCAAAAAAGUUUAAUUACCUGGUUAAAAGUUCUUAAAAUGAUAUCUACUUCCUAUCCCUUGUUGAAAAAUCCAGUGUCUGUGAAUAUACUAAUAUGUGUAAUUUCAAAUGUUAGUGUAUAAGUUGCAUAUUGAACAGUGAUGGGCUCAGGGUCUCAUUCAGUUUUUUCACCGGCUUGAUAUGUUAUCAUUCCAAAUCUGCCUUCUUUGAUUGUUAAAGCUAAUCAUACUGUAUGUGCAGGUCAGAUAGGAACUGAUGGUAAGACUUUUGUGUGAUCAUUUGUCUUUAUUUAGUAAUGUUGUCUCCUAGAAACCUGCAGCACAAAAACAAGUUAUGUAAUUUCUCUUCACAUGUUUCCAGUUAAAGGUGAAUACAGUAGAUUGCUAAACACAAAGCACCGUCUCACCCAAUAGCUGGAACAUUUUUAUUGGUCUCUCAGGUCUUGGCUCUGCUCAGCACAGCAAUAAACACAAACACAUCUGGUAAUAUUCACAUUCAUACCCUGCUGCAGACCACCGUGUUCUAUUAAUUUUGCACUUGUAACUUUAAAACCUGCCUGGGACUAUUAUUAUUUAGAACACACAAAGCUGGAACUUUAUCAUGAUUAUACUUUUCAUGAAGUCUGUUAUGUAAUAUCCUGUUUUCCCCUUAGCAUGAGUUCGUGAACAAGCUAAGCGUCACCACUUCAGCUGUGCAAUACUGUUGCACUGACUUGAAUAUGACAUCAUGGUGAAAGUAUUUUUUGGCAGUGUACUUGGUAUACAGGGCGGAUGUUAUGGACCAUGAUUCACUGGGCUGCACAUUUCUCUGCUGUGCGUCUCUUGGAGAAUGCCAUCUCACCCGAUUAUUGGAAAAUCGUGUAGGAAAGUGUGCGCUCACAGGCAGAAAAAGGACUUGGAUAGAGGUGAAAAUGCCCAUGGGUCAUAAUUUCUCAUCUGUGAACAACAUGGUCCAGAUCUGUGUGAUGCUCUGUUUGCUGUCAGUUGUCGUCUCCCAGUCGACAAAUUCCUCAUCCAAGAAAGGUCGCAACAUCACCAUCCACUCCUCCCAGCUGGUCUGCAGUGUGCCAGGUCCAGAAGGGCCUGCAGGGAACCCAGGAGUCCCUGGAUCACCGGGGGCUGUGGGACCCAUGGGGCCCCCAGGGAAGGAUGGCCCGGAUGGGAAGGAUGGGGAGAAGGGAGAAAAGGGAGAUCAAGGUGACCCAGGGAGGACUGGGAACCCUGGCAAGCCAGGUGUGAAAGGCCGUGAAGGAGUUAUCGGGAAGGCUGGACCUCGGGGACUGAAGGGGCAACGUGGAACACCAGGGGUGGCUGGAAAACGGGGACCAAAGGGGGAGCUGGGUGACACGGGCCAGGAAGGAGCUCCUGGACGCUGCAAUUGUGGCAGUGCAGCCCGCUCAGCGUUCUCUGUGGCAGUGACAAAGAGCUACCCUAAAGAGCGAAUGCCCAUCCGCUUCAGCCGGAUCCUGCUGAAUGAGGGGAAUCACUACAAUGCCAGCAGUGGGAAGUUUGUCUGCGCUAUACCUGGAGUCUAUUAUUUCACCUAUGAUAUCACUCUUGCAAAUAAGCACCUGGCCAUUGGGCUGGUGCAAAAUGGACAGUACAAGAUCAAGACAUUUGAUGCAAACACAGGGAACAAUGAUGUGGCGUCCGGCUCUACUGUUCUCCACUUGCAGCGGGCAGACCAGGUCUGGCUGCAGAUCUUCUACUCAGAACAGAAUGGUCUCUUCUUUGACCCUUUCUGGACAGACAGCACAUUCACUGGCUUCCUCAUCUAUGCUGACCAGGAAUUUCUCAAUGAAGCUGAUAGAAAAGCAAAUUCCCAGGAUGACAGUUAAUACUGUAAUCCUGAAAUAUCCUUGUUUUGAUUUUGUCAUUGACUUUAAUUAAUAUCAAAAUGUUAUGAAAAGAUUGCUCCAGCUCCACAGUUGAGGGCUUCACUGAAGUUCAGUUGUUGAACAGGUUCUGACACCAGGGGGCACACAAGUAGACAAGUAAUUCAACUACAUUUGGGAAACAACAAUGCUAUAUCACUUACUUUCUGAUAGAAAUCUUUUUAAAAAUUGUCCAAGACAUAAGUGAAUUCUUUUCAAUUCCCUUUGUUUCCCUUCUUUAAUUCAGCUCACAGGAGCCUUAAGAUUGCUUGAGAGUUUUACUAGUGGCACAGAGCCAUCUUCUGUGAUGCAAUCAAAUUUCUAUUCACAAAACACAACUGAAAUCAAUACAAUAUUGUAUAUUACAUUUACAGAAUUAUGGACACCUGAGUAUACAAGUUAAUGGGUUUGUGUACACUAUCUGAUUCUCUAAACUUGACGAAACCAAGAAACUGCCUCUAUAAGAUUAGAAUAAUUAUUUAGUUUAGUACUUAUUGCUUGACAGGUUGAUUAUUUUGGGGGGUGGGGGGACUUUAGAAUUAAUUAAGCAAUUAAUAUUUUUACCCUUCCUUUUUGACAUACAGUGGUGAAUUAAAAUUUUGUUUUAACUAAUAGCAACUAACAUAUUCAUAGCAUGCAUUAUUAAUACAAUACUACCACUGGGUGAUUGUGAGAAGAUAUCCUGCAUGACCAGAAAUAGUUUAAUGUCUCCAUUUUUAAUUUGAUGCAUUUAAAACAAUAACAGGCCUGGAUGGAGAGAGAAGACAUAGAAAUAGCUACUGUAUGUACUACAUCUCUUGUGUUGUUGUUCUGUUUGUGUAACCUGAUUUAUUUAAUCAUUUAUAUGCUUUAUCCGUCACACUUAUGAUGUGAAGCUCUGGCACCAAGACUGGUUUGCAAACUAAUUGUGAUAUGUCACCAAAUCAUUCUCAUACAAACUUAAACUGUGAAUGUGAAAACAGCCUUCUUGUGUCAAACUCUGCACAUCCAUCAUUUUACACAGCGAAACUCAAAAAUCAAAGUCAAGUAAGAAUAAAGAAAACAUGUUUAAAUUAGCUCUUAGCUUUUUCAUUAGCCAGAUCAAAUAUUGAAAUUUUUUUUAUAGUGGUUAUUUAUGAUGGAUAUGGAAGCAUUGCAUGAAAUAAGAAAAGGAAUACUAUUUUCUUUGAAUAUUUGUAACAGCUGGAUAAUUUUGUGUUUUAUUCUGCUCAUUGCUGUUACCUUCCUAUCUGCAGCUUUUGAUGGUAUGUCUUUCUUUAGCAUCAUUUCAAAGCCUGUCUAGAAAAAUAACUUCUUUGUCAAUGUAAAUGGUGGCCCUUGGCAUUAAUCAUUCAGUCAAUCAAGCUUUUGGUGCAGAGGCUUGGUUUUAAAACUAGGCUAAUUUAUAAAUAUGCUAAUUAGCAAGUGUUAAACGCUAAUAAUAAGAUAAAAACCGGGACAAUAAGAUAAUGGUGUAAAGAAAAUAGCACAUAAUUCACAUGUAUAUAAAUAAAAUGCUAAUAUUUUG